CUCCCCCCCCCACCCCCGACACAUGUCUUGUGUAUUUUUUGCUGUAAACCGCAGUAUUUAGUGAGUUAUUGUGUUAGUUGUUGAGUUGGUCUUAACAGUGAUCCCGAGAACCACCAAUAAACCGCAAUAACAACGGUUUAACCCCCUCCCCCCCGAGCCCGGGGCUCGUACUCCCAGCAGGCACUGCGGCAGCUCAGUAACGGCCGCGGCUCGCGAGCCCAGAGUCCGCCGCACUCCCUCCCGACAUCCGCACUCCCUCCCGAUAUCCGCACACACUCGCACUCCCCCCCCCCCCCCCGACGCAGCCGAAGCCCCAGGACGACAGACCCACAGCCGCCUCUCGCCUGCCGGCCAUGAGUACCAUGUUCGCCGACACUAUCCUCAUCGUCUUCAUCUCAGUCUGCACCGCCCUGUUGGCCGAAGGUAUUACAUGGGUCCUGGUGUACAGAACUGACAAAUAUAAACGAUUAAAGGCAGAAGUAGAAAAACAGAGUAAGAAAUUAGAGAAGAAGAAGGAGGCCAUCACAGAAUCUGCUGGGAAACAACAAAAGAAGAAAAUAGAGAGACAAGAGGAAAAGCUGAAAAACAAUAAUCGUGAUCUCUCCAUGGUACGAAUGAAGUCCAUGUUUGCGAUUGGAUUUUGCUUCACUGCUUUGAUGGGCAUGUUUAAUUCCAUAUUUGACGGUCGAGUGGUGGCAAGACUUCCAUUUGUCCCACUGUCAUACAUCCAGGGAUUAUCCCACCGCAACCUUCUUGGAGAAGAUUACACUGACUGUUCCUUCAUCUUCCUGUACAUUUUAUGUACCAUGUCUAUUCGACAGAAUAUUCAGAAGCUCCUCGGUCUGGCUCCGUCCCGUGCAGCUACCAAACAAGCUGGAGGCUUCCUGGGACCCCCACCUCAAGCCAGCAAGUUUUCUUAAUGCAGCUGCAGAUCAGUAUUGAACAAGAAACCGCCUUGACCUACUAAAUGUCCCAUCGUGCUUUAUGCAGCUAAAGUGGGACUUUUUGUAACCUAGCAAUAAGUGAAAUACCUCCUAGAUUAAGAUAGCAAAAUAAGUAAAAAAUACCCAGCUGCUCUCAGCUUUGAGCAGGUGAACCACAUUAGACCAGGGCACUGAUGUACAAAUUAGUAAAUUUACUUCUCAGUUUUAUUUGAAUCAGUAAUUUUAUUAUGACAGGGACAUUGAAUUCUUAGAAUCAUGUGUUAAGUAAUUCAUUUCUACUGGAUUUUCUAAAGAAAACACUUUAAACAAAAAAUGGGAUGGAGGAGAGAGGCCGUCUACCUCAGAAUUGAGAGUUGAAGUUCUGUAAUGCUUCGUUAUUGUAAAAUAAAUUUUGCAUUUUCAAUCUGUCUAGUAAUUGAGUUCCAUAGAAAUGUCAUCUGUAAUAAUGAAGAAAUCUAAAUUUGACUACAUGUUUCCAAAACUCUGUCAGUUAUAAUGUGGAGUUUGCUAGGCUGUUAAGGUACAAGUACAUGUUCUGAAUUAAAAGUUUUUGAAAAUGGAA